UCGUCGCUUCUCGACAGACACGGCAAUUUUCUUUUCGAAAUUGUUUCAGAGAGUAUGCGCUAUGAGACUUGCAAAGUCUCUUCCGCGUUCGAAUUGAAAUAUUCGACGAGACGCGCGAUCGGUGUCGAUCACAGAGUGUUGUCUUUGAUGAAAACGCGAAAUGUCGACGAUCUACAACAACCGCUAUUAUUAUCUGAACAAACACUUUCUGAUCGUUAUCGGCCAAUGGCCGUAUCAGUCGCGACUGAGAGCCAACGUGAUGCUCGCCAUCACGUUGUUUUUUCUUUUCAGCUUGACGGCGUUCGAGUUCUGGGGCCUGAUAGCCGGGAUAAAAAACUUAAACAUCGUCAUGGAGAACAGUUCGCCGCUGCUGGUGAACAGCUUCAUUAUCGUGAAAUUAACCAAUUGUUUCUUCAAUAAGCACAAAAUGAAGAAACUUCUGGAUGACAUUGAGGAAACUUGGAAGAUGAAGCAAAACGGUCCGGAGAAUGAGAUAUUGCGAAGUUACGCGGAGAAGAGCAAGAUUUUCUUCAAGCAGUACGCGUUCGGUCUUUAUAUGAUGUGGUUGUUUUACACCACGAUGCCAAUCGUUGUUAACGGAGUGUAUCGCUUUUUGCCAACGAACGACACCUAUUCAGCCAGAUUUCUGUAUCGUUUGGAACACGUUGUGGACAUGGACAAAUACUUCAAUCUGUUGAUGUUUCACGGAUUCAUCAGGGUGUUCUACAUAGUUGCGGUACCGAUAGCUCUCGACACUUUCUUCAUGCUUUGCGUGAACUAUGUCUGCGCGCUGUUCGAGAAUAUACGGCGAGUUUCGCUGUUUUUUUUUUCGAAAUUCCAGACAGCGGAUCGACUACAAGACGACUUAAAAAAACCGUUGAAAAUGUCGAACAUUUUUAUCGGAUACAACUUGGAGCGAAUACCAGCACGCACAGACGUAUUGUUCAGCUCGAACAUAACGGACGACAAGAAUUACGACAUCAUAGUAUACUGCAUCAAGUGGUACAAACACGCAUUGAACUUUUUCGAACUGCUCUCAUCCACUUUUGCAACGUCUUUCCUCUUCGUGCUUGGAAACACACUAGUAUGUUUGAGUUUCACCGCGGCUGAGCUGAUAGUGGUGGACGUUCAGUUGGAUAAAAUUAUCAGAAUAAUUGCCAACAAUGUGGCGCAAUUGUUCCACCUUCUGUCGUUGAAUUUGACCUCUCAACUACUGAUUGAUUCUAGCAACGAAUUUCAGACAGUAAUUUACAGCUGCAACUGGUACGCGACUUCGGUGAGAUGCAGACACUUGUUAAGACUGACUUUAUUACGCGCCUCGAAGCCGUGCCAAAUAAAAGCGGGCAAGAUGUACGUAAUGUCGCUGGAAACUUUCAGCUCGAUCUUGCAAGUGUCGAUAUCUUACUUUACGGUGCUCACGUCAAUGCAACUAUAAUGAAUCUCGCGCGCAACGAGAAACCAUAGUUUAACUUAUAUAGUGAUUACGCUAUCUUGAUUGGUUUUUUUUUUUUAAACAUUAGUUUGUGUAAAUAUACGUUAAAAGAAAAAAAACAUACCUGCGUGUACA